AUGCUGGAAUCGGACGUCUCGUACAAUGAUGGGACCCCAAUCUCCACUAACCAGUCGGCGGAGUUUGACCCUGUCAACCCGUUAGAGGAGGUCGAGAAAGCUACAACUGAGCCAGACACGGAAGAGGAGUCCAUGGACGCAAGAAUCCAACGACUAGGACGAGAACGACCUCCAGUGUUUAAGACAAUAUGGUCCGAAAUCGCAUUCGUCUUCAGCAUUGUCAUGUCCCAGAUUAUCACCGAAUAUUUUGUCUCUGGCUUCAACGUGUUAUUGCCAACCCUCAUAGUCGACCUCGAUAUCCCCCAAGCAUCAAGCGUUUGGCCAGCCACGGCGUUUUCGCUAGUCAUUGCAAGCACGUUACUUGUCUUCGGGAGACUUGGUGACAUAUAUGGCGGCUACCCGGUGUACAUCGGAGGCUUGACGUGGCUGCUCAUCUGGAGUAUCAUCUGCGGGUUCAGUGUUUUGCCGAUCAUGAUGGAUAUUUGUCGUGCGCUUCAAGGCCUGGGCGCCGCGGCCUAUCUUCCUACCGGCGUGAUGCUUAUAGGCAGUGUCUACCGGCCCGGUCCACGCAAGAACAUCAUCUUUGCGCUUUACGGGACAUCUGCCGUCUUUGGAUUUUUCGUCGGGAUUUUCUUCGCAGGACUAGUCGGCCAAUUUCUCUUGUGGGGAUGGUAUUUCUGGUUUGGUGCAAUUCUUGUGGGUAUUACUCUCAUCACCUCAAUUCUGUCUAUACAGAAUGACUGGCGUGAACGGCGACAAAACAACAUACGGAUGGAUUGGCUCGGAGCUGCGACGAUAGUACCCGGUGUGGUCCUCGUCGUCUUUGCGAUCACUGAAUCGGCACAUGCAGAACAACGCUGGCGAACACCGUACAUUCCGGCGCUGUUCUGUCUCGGAUGCAUACUGCUAUUCGCGGCGGCCUACGUGGAAGGCUGGGUGGCCAAAUCUCCGUUGCUGCCCGCCGAUAUCUUCACGGUGCCUUGCAUGACCCAGCUUGUCAUUGCGAUGUUGUUUCUGUACGGUAACGUCGGUAUCCUCCUUCUCUACGGCACACAAUAUUUCCAGAAUAUAAUGGGCGCCACCCCCUUGCAAGUGGUGGCAUGGUGGACUCCAAUGGUGGUGGGAGGACUUAUCUUAAGUAUGGUGGUGGGAUUUAUCUUGCACCUCGUCCCUGGUCGCCUCCUUUUGAUACUAUCGUGUCUCGGAGCUAUAGGAGCGGAGUUGCUCCUCGCUUUAGUUCCGGAGGGAGGGAAUUACUGGGCUUGGGUCUUCCCGUCGUGCAUUCUCGGGACGGUCGGUAUCGAUCUGGCGUACAAUCUAAUGUCUGUCUUCAUAACGACACAACUGCCAAAGGCAAGACAGGGCUUGGCGGGUGGGUUGAUCAACUCCAUCCUACAGCUCGGAAUUGCCCUCCUUCUGGGUUGCAGCGACAUUAUUCGGUCAUACACGGUGGAUGAAUCUGGGCUGAAGGAUAGCUACAAGAACACUUUCUGGUUUGGCGUGGCUUGUGGCGGCACAGCUCUGGUCCUGGUAGCGAUUUGGGGAAGGGUACCCAAAGCAAAGAGCGACUUGACGGCGGAUGAGAAGAUGGAGCUACAGCGGGAAGCCACCAGGCUGUCAGGAGCAUCCGGUGAAUAG